CUGGGGCCUCGCCGCCUGCCGUCCUCAUGGCCCUGCUGCUCCUGGGGAUCCUGCUGCUCCUGGGGCUCUGGGGGCUGCUCCAAGCCUGCACCCCCACCCCCUCCCCAGCCCCUCGCUGGCCCCCUGGGCCACGUCCGCUGCCCCUCAUCGGAAACCUGCACUUGCUGCGUGUGUCCCAGCAGGACCGGUCACUGAUGGAGCUCUCAGAACGGUACGGGCCGGUGUUCACUGUUCACCUGGGGCGUCAGAAGACGGUGGUGCUGGCUGGCUACGAGGCUGUGAGGGACGCCCUGGUGGGCACCGGGCCGGAGCUGGCUGACCGGCCCCCCAUCGCCAUCUUCCAGCUCAUCCAGGGAGGUGGGGGCAUCUUCUUCUCGUCGGGGGCACGCUGGAGGGCCGCCCGCCAGUUCACUGUGCGCACCCUCCAUGGCCUGGGCGUGGGGAGGGGGCCCGUGGCCGACAAGGUCCUACAGGAGCUGAGGUGCCUCAUGGGGCAGCUGGACUGCUACGGAGGCCAGCCUUUCCCCCUGGCCCUGCUGGGCUGGGCCCCCUCCAACAUCACGUUCACGCUGCUCUUUGGCCGGCGGUUCGAAUACCAGGAUCCUGUGUUCGUGUCCCUGCUGAGCCUUAUCGAUGAGGUCAUGGUCCUCUUGGGGACCCCCAGCCUGCAGCUGUUCAACAUCUACCCCUGGCUGGGGACCCUCCUCCAACUGCACCGGCCUGUCCUACGGAAGAUAGAGGAAGUCCGAGCCAUCCUGAGGACCCAGCUGGAGGCGCGGCGGCCCCCCACACCCGGGGGAGGCCCCGUGAAGAGCUACAUGGACGCCCUGAUCCAGCAGGGCCAGGGGAAUGACCCCCAAGGCCUGUUUGCCGAGGCCAACAUGGUGGCCUGUGCCCUGGACAUGGUCAUGGCUGGUACAGAGACCACGUCAGCCACGUUGCAGUGGGCUGCCCUCCUGAUGGGCAAGCACCCGAGUGUGCAAGGUCGGCUGCAGGAGGAGCUGGACCGCGUGCUGGGGCCCCGACGGCACCCCUGCCUGGAGGACCAGCGGUCCCUGCCCUACACCAACGCUGUGCUGCACGAGGUCCAGCGGUUCAUUACCCUCCUGCCCCACGUGCCACGGUGCAUGGCGGCUGACACCCAGCUGGGCGGCUACCUGCUCCCCAAGGGCACACCUGUGAUCCCCCUGCUGAGCUCUGUGCUCCUGGACAAGACACAGUGGGAGACGCCCCACCAGUUCAACCCGGGCCACUUCCUGGACGCUGAGGGGCGCUUUGUGAAGCGGGCAGCCUUCCUGCCCUUCUCUGCAGGCCGCCGCGUCUGUGUGGGGGAGAGCUUGGCCAGGUCGGAGCUGUUCCUGCUUUUCGCUGGCCUCCUCCACAGAUACCACCUGCUGCCCCCCCCCGGCCUCAGCCCUGCGGCCCUGGACACCACUCCCGCCCCGGCCUUCACCAUGCGGCCGCCAGCCCAGGCCCUCUGUGCAGUGCCCAGGCCCAAGGGCUCUGACCAAGGAGACCUGGGGAGGGUCUGAGUCACUCCCCCAGGUCCCAGCUUGGGGUGCUCUGUGGAGGAUGGAGGCAGGACAAAUGGAUGGACAGACAGAAAGCCCCUCAUGGGAGCCCUUGCUGGGCUCUUUGCUGUGGUUCCCCAAAGCCCCUCCUGGGCCAGAUCCUGUUCUUUCGGGGGCUCAGCCCCCUUCCAGUUCCCCUUGCCCAGAGGUGUCUCUACCCCUUGUCCUCCAGUCUCCCCAGGGCAGCUGGGGCCCCCUCCCCGCCCUGAGCUCCCUGCGCUCUGCCCUCUGUCCCCAGACCCCUUGGGCAUCAGUGCUGCCUCAGUCUGCACCCAGGCCCCCCACCCAUACCUCAGGGUGCCCCUCACGCCCUAGUGGUGAUGCACCCCCUCCCCACACCCCCAUGCAUGCCUCCCUGGGCUCCCCACGGCCUCUUCUCCCCACUCCCCCUCCAUGCUGCCCCCCUCCAGUUCCCCACAGGGCCAGCGUUGGCCAGGCACAGAGGUGCCACCUGCAGCUGGGGGUGCGGGGUGACGUCCACCCAGAGGCCAGCCUGAGACCUGUGUUCCCAGCACGCUCAGUCUGCACCGUGCCAGGCCCUGGACCGCCGGGUCUCCUGCAGACCCCACCCUGUUCCGGCAGCUCGUGGGCAGCCAUGUCCCGGAGGCGCUCUGCCCGUGGAGCCAGGACCAGGCGAGGGAUAGCUGCCACCAGAGGAUCGGGGACCCUGCAGGGGUGACAGCAGAGCCUGAGCAGGAAAGAUGAGUGGGAGUUUGUAGGGAGGACGCUGGGGCCCCCUCGCGCUUGACCCCGUCAACCUCACAGGACCCAGAAGCAAGUGGGGACACAGACCCCAAGGCCCAGCUUCCGAUCUCCCCCAUGCCCAAGAUGUACCAAGGCCUCUAGGUGGGGGCCUCUGGGCAGGGGGCUGUUGCUGACAGGGCCCAGAGACGCCAGGUCAGGGGUGCACCGCGGGAAGCCCUCCAGCAUGGGCCUCCACGGGCCACCCCCACACUGACUCACUUCCCGUUAUCUGGUGUCCUGUCCUGUAUCUGGCGACCCAUUGGUGGCCUGGGAGCCUGGCGGGGUCGGGUUGGCCCUGUCCUGGCCGCAUGGUGGCUCUGGGCCAUCCCGGCCGCCCUCCCCUGGCCCAGGCUCCACACCUCCGGCAGGGGGCUCUCAGAAGUGAGGCAGCCUCUCGACCAGUUGCCACACCCCAGAGCCUUCUCUCUGGUCCCUUCUGACCCCCCAAUUUCUCGUCUGCCCCUCAACCCUUCCCAACACUGAAGCCUUGGCUUUUUAAAUUCAAAAGUGUGUCUGUGUGGGAGGACGAAUCCCCUCUGAGGCAGGGCUGGUGGACAGGUGGAGGGCCAGGCGAGGACAUGAUGAUGGGACAUCACGGUAAACCAGUGAUCCGGACAAUUCCCGGGGCAGCUGCAGAAGGGGGUCCCUGAGGCCCAAGUGCACGCAGAGUGCUCCCCACAGGAGAAAGGAUAAGGAUCGGGGUGUGUCCCCACCCAUGAACAGUGUCCAGGGGUGGGCAGCAGGGGCGAGUCUCUCCGUGACCCUGCGCAGGGCGGUGGAAACGGGCGCUUCUGGAUGUGCCACUGCCCAUGCUGGGCCCCUACGGGGGAAAGGGGUUACUCUGGGGAGGGGCCCGUAUACUUCGCUUCUGGGAAAAGCUGGGUGGUGGGUGAGGGGCAUGUUCUGUCGUUGCAUUCCUUCUGUCUGUCUGCCACAUCUGACACUGAGGGAGGGGCUGGGAGCCCCCCUGCAGGGCCGGGCCGCUUUACUGUCCACGGUCACACGGUUCGAACAGCAUGGAUCUCACCUAAGUUCAUCUCCGUGAAUGAACGAGAGCAUCCUUCAGAGCAUCACAGAACAUUCUGGAAUGGCUGUGGAAACCCUUUCAAGAAGCUGUGGGUGGGAGAGCCUGGGCUGCUCAGGGCAGGCUUGCUGGGAGGACGUGGAAAACCAGAACGGGGACGCGAGCAUCGUGGUAAACCUAGUGCUGCCCGGACCCCGUUUCCAGAAGCCGCUCCCCGCGUAGGAGAGGGGUCCGCGGCACCUUCCAGGUCAGUCGGCUUCAGGCGGGGGCGGGACGCAGAGCCUGAGCCGCAUGUUUCCUAACUUACAAGAACAGGCGUCAAAAUGAACCACUUUCCCGGGCAACUUAAGUUUUCUCCACAGAAGCCAAUAGCGUUAGUUGAUGUUUUAAUCUGCCAAGAACAAAUCUGAGCAGUCUUUCCGCCAGGUGGGAAGGUGUAGGUCCUGCUGGAAAGCACUCCACAAACACGCUGCUCUGGGCCCCUCCCCGGGGCGGGGGGCUCCGACGGAGGACGCGGCGGAUCUGGCUGGGUGUCAGGCGGGAGAUCCCCGUGUUGACUUUAGUGCCCUCCUGGUUCAUGACGGGAGCCUCCCGGGGCCCCGACACCAGGUGCCCGCGGCUUGGCUCCCUCAGGCCCCGUCCAGAUGCAGAUCUGAGGUGGGCUGGGCACAGGGCUGGUAUGUGCGGGACCCUUGCCCAGCCUGAUCCAGGGCUCGGGAGGCACGCAGGGCCUCUGCAGGGGACCCCCCCACCACGGUGAACCCGCCAGGUGCUGUGACCUGGGGCAGGGCCCAGGAGAGCCAAGGCCGCCGUGUGGGGACUGUCUGGGGAGUAUCGUUCCCUUCUCCCCGCCCUCCUUAUGGAGUUGGCACAAAAUAAGCAUAUUAUUCGCUGAAAGAGCGCAAUGUGCUGAGUCUGAUGUCUGACCCACGAGAUCAUCAGCACAACUAUGGAACACACCCGUCUCCGUGGCCGCCCUGGAUGCCCCCCACACCAGGCCCAGCUCAGUGAUCACAUGGACACCCCGGCCUGGGGCCACAAAGGGGGCUCGCCCACCCACCGGCUCCUGCCCUGACCAGGUGCACAGAGACUCCCCACGAUGGGGGCGGGGAGUGAGGGCUCCACCAUGUGGCGGACGGCUCGCCGGUCACCUCUGCCGCGUACCCUAGCUCUUUUGCUUUGUAUUUUCCCUGUGGUAAAACAUACACAAAAUUGACCAUCUUAA